CCGCCCCGCUACACCCCCACGCUGUUUAUUCUCGUUCCAUCGCGGGCGGCGCGCGACAGUCGAACGCGUGACGCGCACCAACACGGACGUCCCGCGUCAGGUCACAAAAACACCAAUAAAGAAACAAAACGCAAUAAUUCUAAACAAUAUCAAGCUUUAAACUAUAAAUAGAGGAAAAAAUACAGACUUAAAUGUUGUAUUUUUUAAAAUAAGAAUAAGAAGUGGGAUCGUCGGUUUUUAGAGGCGUGGAGAAGAGGAGUUUUGUUUUUAAAAGGAGCAAAAAGGCGGAAAAGUGGCGGAAGUGGCGCGACUGGAAUGCGCUAGGGCGGAAACCUUCAGCGCGCGCGCCGAGCCGCCAGCGCCCCCGGAGCAGGCCCCCGACCACGCCGCCAUGGCCAGCGAGGCUGGUGUAUGGUGCGCAGGCGCCGGCGCGGGCGGCGAGCAGCAGUACUCGCUGCGCUGGAACGACUUCCACUCGGCGAUGGUGUCGUCGUUCCGCCGGCUGCGGGAUGAGGAGGACUUCGUGGAUGUCACGCUGGCCUGCGCGGGCGCAACGUUCAGCGCGCACAAGGUGGUGCUAUCAGCCUGCAGCCCGUACUUCCGACGGCUGCUGAAGGCCAACCCCUGCCAGCACCCCAUCGUCAUACUGCGAGACGUACACGACAAGGACAUGGAGAGUCUACUCAGGUUCAUGUACCAGGGCGAGGUGCACAUCGGGCAGGAGCAGCUCAAGGAGUUCCUCCGCGCGGCGCAGCUGCUGCAGGUGCGCGGGCUCACGGACGUGCCGCCGCCCGGGCCCGUGCCGCUCGAGCAGAAGGCUUCUCCGCAAUCAGCGUCAUCGUGGACAGAGACGGGCAGCGGCGUGUCUCGCGAGGGGGCGCAGCCGCGCGAGGGGCGGCGGCCGCGGCGCCCCGAGGAGGGGGUGUCCAACACGCCGCCCCCCAAGCGCGCGCGCAGUUCGGACCUGUACCAGGCGCAGAUGAAGACCAGGACGGAGCAGAUCCUGGCGGCGCAGGGCGGGAGCCCCGAGCGGCUGGGCACCAACGGGCACGAACUGGCCAUGCUGAGUCAGGCCCUGGACAACGCACAGAACGCGCACCUCUCCGUGUCGAAUAACUUAUCGGGCGACGGCGAGGACUCCUCAUCAGACGCGGGCGCCAGCGACAUGGAGGGCGAGACGCGAGCCAAGCAGGAGCCAAUCGACUACGACGACCCCGCCAUGCUGGCCAAUAGCAACGGAGCUUUGCCGCACAACUUCCCCGGACUGCUUAAUCUGACAGGCUUCGCAACACUGCCCGGACCGUCCGGAAUACCAGACAAUUUCGGAGGUUCGAGGAGGACUCAAGAUCUGCUUCGAGUGCGCGCAACCGAUCCUCGACCUUGUCCCAAGUGCGGUAAGAUCUACCGCUCAGCGCACACGCUCAGGACGCAUCUUGAGGACAAACACACUGUCUGCCCGGGAUACAGAUGCGUACUCUGCGGCACGGUGGCCAAGUCCCGCAAUUCUCUGCACUCGCACAUGUCGCGGCAGCACCGGGGCAUCUCCACCAAGGAUCUACCCGUGCUGCAGAUGCCCACCAAGUUCAACCCCGAGCUGGCCAGCCAGUUACUAGCAAAAGCAGGAGUGAAGGUGUCUCCGGAACAGCUCCGAGCGCGCGCGUCGCCCACCGGCCCGCGGCGCUCGGACAUCAAGCUGGACGCCAAGUCAGCAGCCUCAGAGAGCAGCUCAGUCUGUGGAGACAAUGAUAAUGACGACCUGAGCCAGUCGCGGUACCAGGACAGCAUACCUGUGUCGCCGCCUCACAUAAACAGCCUAGCCAACACGACCAUCACCAAGGUGCCGGCAGUGCGGGCAGUCACGGCCAAGACCAUGGAGCUGCCGCCGGGCCUGGGGCUGAAGCACGACGACUACCCGCCCGGCUUCGGCGGCGGGUCCGCCAUCCUGGACACCUACCUGCAGUACAUCGGUGAGAACGUCUUCGGAAUGAACGCAGCAAAACUGGCCCAAAUGAACGCUUUACACAUGGACAGAAAAACGUACGACGAGCCGUCCCCACAGAUGGGCUCCCUCCCGCCGCCGCCAACCACCCUCGCACACCAACACUUCCUCAAGCAGAUGCAGAGGAACUACCCGGACGGACGCAAGCCUGACAUCAUGAGGGACGCCGACGAGCCGCUCGACCUCGGCAAAGAGAGACAGAGGGGCGACAGCAUCAGCGAGAUAGACGGAGACAAAAACCAGGACACCAUGAAUGAUAAAGACAGGGAUUACUACAGCAAAGACACCUUUAACGACAGGAAUCGGCUGACCUCGGAGAACGACCAUGAGAACAGCGGUCAGGAAGAAGGCGAUUAUACAGAUGAUGAGCAGAAGAACUCAUGAAACGAAUCCAUCUUCGAUUACCUGUAAGCUGUAGCCGUGAGUAGUUCGUGUUGUCAGAAGUAUCCCUAAAACACAGAAGCUGUUUAAUAAUAUUUAGAGGGAAUGUAUCGCUUUAGUGUCGCCGCGUAUACACGUUUGAUAGGACAAUAUUUUUGUUGAUGGUUUUUCAAAAGGUGCUUGAGUGUUAUGUUUUGUGGUGAGCUGAGAAUCGUUUUGCGGUUAAAGUAUCGGUUUUAUUGUUGACCCGUGGAAUGUCGCCGGUGCCAUUUCCGAUUAUUUUGUAUAAUAGUAGUUUAAGAGUCGCGCCGUAGCGCUGGAUGUAGGUGGAUAUACGGAGUAGCCAUAACACAUGAAUAAGUUAACAAAACAUUUCAAAUUGAACCCUAAAAUGGGUUAUUCAGGAUUGUUUUACAACCUAUAAACCAACCUUUUACUGGGUGUUGUUUCAGGUUAUUUUUAUAACCAAUUACUGGUAUAAAUGUUUGUUUCGACUCCAGUUUUCCUGGGUUCGACUCUAGUUUCGAAUCGACCCUGAAACAGACAUUUCUACCCCCAGCCGGAUAUACACACUUAGUGGGAUCUUCAGUUUGUACCCGAUGUGAUAUCACAAAGCCAUUACACAUUAUGCCAUAUUAGUAUAUUAUUAUAACCUCACGUAGUUUGUAAAGAUUGCCACGCGACAAGUUUUUUUUUUCGUAGGGUAAUGAUAAAACUAGUGAGUAGUAUUUUUGUAUUGUUGUAUCAGGUCCCUGUCACAUAAUGUAGGGCACCUAAAUCCGGUUUCUCUACACUCUGGUUUCUACAAGACGAACGAUAUUGCGCUAUGUAAAAUUCAAAGUGUAGAGCGGCCAUAACAUAGUUAUUCCAUCCAACUACCUCAAGAUUCGGGCCAAUCACGGCGUCAUUGUAUGAAAAAAAAUCCACACAAAUUGUGAAAUUCCAUCCAUCUACCUCACUUCAAUAGAUUUUAUUUAAUAUUUUAUAAAAUUUAUAGAUAUAAUAACUGUUGUUUUAUGCAUUUUCAGAUUGCAUUUAUAUAUAUAGAGUAUAUUGUGUAGGUAAAUAUAUGCCAGUCAUUAGGUGAUUGUUAGAUCUGCCAGUAGAUGUAUGGUCUACCUUUUUCGUUCGUUGUAAUAGAUUGCGCACUCAGUAGAGACAAGUAGACUGUGACACGAGCGUAGCGAGCAAUGGAUGUAUCGUACGAGCGAUGGAUGAGUGAGCACAUCAUUUUUUCAAACCCUUUGUAUACGAACAAAUAUAACAGAGCUUAAAAUGUAACUGUUGAAAAUUAUACUUAUAUAAAUACCAUGUGCAAAAAUGUAUCUUAAUAUUUAAAUGACUGUUACAAAGUGAAUUCAUACUGCCUUGAGACUGAAUGCUAUCCAGGGAGACGCAGUCAUUGCUUAUGAACCUUAAAGUUCAAAUAUGAAUCUAUAAGUACUUAAGUCACAAAUUGCAUUGUAUAUAAAUCGGACGUGAUAUGUAAAGUACAUACAAAAUAGUAACAAAAAGCAAUAAUAAAGUAUACCUUGACGUUGCCUUCGAUUGUAAAUAUUUGGGUAGAGAUUGGUCGAUGGUUCGCCGAUUGCGAGCGAGACAGCGGUCGCCUAGAGCGAGGCAGUGGCGGGAUGAUGUUGUAACGGAGUAGGCUCGUUACUUAAAUAACAAAUACUGUGAUUACAAUCUCAUGUUAGCCUUCAAUACUUAUACAUAUUUUCUAGAGUACAAUGUUAUAAUUAUUUAGAAAUAAUAAGAGUAUUUUUAAGUGAGUCACAAAAAUAUUUACUUCCCUGAACUUAGAGUACACGUUAUUUAAGAGUUUAGAGCAAUAGGUGAAGCAUUUAAUCUUUAUAUGAGUUUUAUGUGAGAUACUUGUAUAAUUUUGUUGAUAUGUCCUCCCGAUAGCAUUCUCUGAAUGCAGCCCUGUGUUUGUUAAUACAUCAGCCAAUCACAGGCGAUUAGAUAUCUAUUCCGCGUUUCCGAUUGGCUGUUGUAACUAGAGCAUACACUGGGCCGUAUUCAUUUGUUCCAGGGAUGACAGUACAAAUUUACUCAUAUUCAAAGUUGUUACUGUGUGCUGAGGGCCUCUCAACAAAAUUGUAAUACUAAUAGUGUUAGCUACGGGUUGGUACAGAAUAUGUUUCGUUUAGUGUGUGGUGAGAUUUAGUUUGCGGUUGUAACCUCGUUGAAGUUAGCAGUGUUGCCAUAGUAUGUAAUAAUUUGAGUGUACAUAAAUAAGUUUUAUAAUAAUUGUUUAGAACCCUGAAUGCUUACUUACCCGUUUAGGGAGGACAAAUUAAUGAGAAUUACUAUAUUCUAACUUUUUAAUGACUUAGAUGAUAAUAAUAAUGUUCAUUAAAUAAUGGCACAGAAACACUUAGACAUCACAGACCCGAUAGUAUACUAGUUACCAGAAUGUGAUUACAAGAUAUAUAUUUUUUGCAACAGAAUAAUGUACUUUUAGAUUUCCAUCACAAGAAGCCAACAAUAUACACAAUAUUUACCAGUGAAAUAAAUAAAUAUAUAAUGUACGACUGUAAGUCAUCGAUUACGUUCUUUGUUUUAUAUGAAACAUACAUUUUAGUUACCUUUGAACUUAGAAAGUUCUCUAAUGUUUUUUUUCUUUAUAAUUAUAGUGUAAUUUACCUCAUUAGCAUGAGUAUUCAUGUAAAACUUUGAUUAGUUUGUCUCAGUACAUUGUUUUAAGCCGUGUGGACGGUGAAUUUGAGUUGUUAGCGACUCAAUAGCGUUUUCUGUAGAUUACUUUAUGUAACUUACGUCCCGAUUUUGUCCUUAAUCAUAAAAUAAUUCGCAUUUAAUACAUUUAAAAAAACGAAACUGAUAAAGGACAAGUCGAGGUUAGCACAAACAAGUUAAUAUUUCAAACAAGUUAUGUGUGUAAUGUUAGUUGAUUAUACUUACCACCGUUUGUAAUAAAGGUUGAUUUUGACUGAUGUAACUUCUUAUUUAGUGUGGGCCUUUGUUACGUUUUCUGAAUUGUUAAAUUAUUGUAUUAACGUUUAUGUUUAGGGAUCAUUCCGGGCCGCCGCCGCGUGACGUGGCCGACUUCACUCGUAUUUAUUUAAUUCGGUACCUAACGGAGCCUUCUCAUCAACAUUAGAUUAGGUGUACGCCGCUUCACACAUUAUUAUAUACCUACAAGAAUAAUAAAAAUAAUUGUUUGAAAUAACCUCGUUUUAUUUUCUCCAAAGUAUCUUAUUUAUCUAUAAUUAAAUUAUAUACUAUAUUAAAAAUAUGUAUGUUCAAGAGGUAUAUUAGUAGCGUUUGGUGUUAAUAGCAAUUGAGUACAGAUAUAUCUAUUUCAAUCGAAAAAAAAUAUUUAUUUCAUGGAAUUGUUUAACAAAAUCAUUAAUUAUAUCAUCACAUGCCCUUAAAUCUAUUAAAUAAGUGCCUAGAUUUCAUAGGAAAUUAAAUAAACUACACAUAUACAAUAUAAUUUUAAAUUAUGCUUACAUAGAAUAGCUAGACUAAUAUUUUUUGGCUGAAGUAACUAAUCUAAACUAAACAGUGUCCAAAAAGCAACUGCAUUUUUAAGUUCGCAUUUAUUACAUUCUAUCAACCAGGGAGUGUUUGUACAAAAAACAUUUAGUAUAUUAUUAUUAUUAUCUAAAGCUGUGUUUUAUAUAGUGAAUUUGUGGUGUUUUUUCUAAAUAUAAUUCGGGAGAACACCUAUUAAUCCUUUUUCUCCUUCCGCUUGUUGAGAAGAUAAUGAAUACCAACCAGGGAAUUCAUU